AUGGCAUUGAGCCAAGCCGCCCUGCUUGAGCACGAGAACCACCAACUCCGGGCUACUAAUGAACGCCUGGAGAAGAAGAGGAAACGAAGCCAUCGCCAAGUUCCAGGCCUCAACGGCUUGACCGCUGGCGAGGCAGUUGAGGCUUUUCAACAAGCCUGUGGAGCUGGGGAGGCAUUUAAGACUGAAAGGUCCUUGGAGGUGCUCGGCGAGGAACAGCCUCGCCGCCGCGCGCCAUCUCGCUGUUCUGAUUCUGUCCAUAAUUUCGAACAUCAGAUCCGGGUGAAUGUCGUCUGUUCCGGGUAUACGGAUACAGCCAUGAUGCAGGCGACCCUGCGGCGGUAUCCGGUUAUGGAGCUCUUGAUCCCCCGGAUGAGUCCAUUGGGAAGGGUGGAGGUGCCGGAGGAGGUGGUCGAUACGGCGGUGCUCUUGUGUAGUCCGGCGGCGAGCUUUGUGAAUGGGGCUGGGGUGAUGGUGGAUGUGGAGUUUAGUUUGGUGGUUGUGAGGAACGGUUUGUAG